GCCGGGCGUAGAGGGGUGCCGUGCGCGGCCGGGCUGGUUCCUGCGGAGUCGCCAGGGACUGUUGGCGUCGUCGGGCCCGGGGGUUGCCGCGGGAGGCGAUGGCCGAGCCGGCUCCGUUACCUCUGACUUUUGAGGAUGUUGCCAUUUAUUUCUCGGAGCAAGAAUGGCAGAACCUAGAGGCAUGGCAGAAGGAGCUUUACAAGCAUGUCAUGAGAACCAAUUAUGAGACGCUCAUCUCUCUAGAUGAUGGACUCCCCAAACCAGAACUAAUAUCCUGGAUUGAACAGGGGGCAGAGCCCUUCAGGGACUGGAGAGAAUCACAGAAAUCAGGAAACAUAAUUUGCUCCUCUGCUGAGUUGCAUUUUGAUCCAGUAAUUGAGGGACAGCUGUUUUGGGGAAGCCAGCAAGCUGUGAAUUCAGGGGAAACCAAAUGCCAUUUCCAAGUAGAUCCUCUUCAGAGCCAGUAUCCCUUUGGCCCCUCUUUUGGAGAAAGGGAAGAGGUUUCCUUCAAGCCUGCCCAGGACAUCACCGUCCUGAGCCCACAGAGACACGAAGUUCAGGCUCUAACGCCAGUAGUCCACAGCUGCAGCGAAUCUACCCAAAGAGGAAUCCCAAGUCCCAGAAAUCUGGAUCUCCCUGGUUUGCAGGAAGUCCCCUUCUGGAAGAGCGCCCAGCACCCCUGCCCUGUCUGCGGGGAAAGCUUUUGGAAGAAGAACCACUUAGUAAAUCAUCAGAGGAGCCACUCGAAGGACCUGUCUCGAGCCUGGAAGAAAUUCAGCAGGCAAGCUGACGUGCAGCCGCAGCGGAGUGCCCCUCCGGCACACAGGCACUUCCCAUGUCACCAGUGUGGGAAGAGCUUCCGCCUGAAGCAGUGUUUGCUGAGACAUCUGGCUGCCCACCCAGGGAAGGGCCCAUUCCAGUGCCCUGAGUGUAAAAUGUACUUCCGGCAGGAGCGGACCCUUCUCAGCCACCACCUCGCGCAUACGGGGGAGAAGCCUUCCCAGUCCCCGGAAUACGACCAGAGCUUUCCCCCGGUGGACGGCACGCAGGCUCACCGGCGCCGGAGGGGCGGGGAGAGGCCAGCCUCCUGGAGAGAAGCCAGUGCACACUCAGGACAGAAGCCAGGCCCGUGCCUGGAGCGUGACACGCAGGCUCAGCCGCUCGGCCGUGGCGCGGAGAGGCCCUGCUCGUGCACGGAGUGUAGCAGGUGCUUCCCUCCGCGGUCCCUGCUCGCCAGCCACUUCAGGGCACGCUUGGGAGAAAAGCCCUUCCAGUGCCCAGAGUGCGACAAGCACUCCCGCAUGGGCGGCCUGCUGAAGGUCCACCAGCGCGUGCACAGUGGAGAGAAACCCUUUUCUUGCGGGAAGUGUGGCCAGGGCUUCACCAAACAGUGUAGACUCACAGAGCACAUCCGGGUCCACAGUGGGGAGAAGCCUUUCCGGUGUGCGGAGUGUGGCAGGAACUUCCGUCAAAGGGGACAAUUGCUGAGGCACCGGCGGCUGCACACGGACGAGAAGCCCUUCCAGUGUCCGGAGUGUGAGCUGAGCUUCCGCCUGAAGAGCAUGCUCGCGGCCCACCGGCUGCGGCACGGCGCCGAGAGGCCGUUCUCGUGCGGCGAGUGUGGCAGGGGCUUCAGCCACCAGUGUAAGCUCCGGGAGCACCUGAGAGUGCACAGCGGGGAGAGGCCCUUCCGGUGCCCGGAGUGUGACAAGAGCUUCCGCCUGAAGGGCAUCCUGAAGGCCCACCAGCGCACCCACAGCAAGGAGAGGCCGUUCUCGUGCGGCGAGUGCGGCAAGGGCUUCACGCGACAGUCCAAGCUCACGGAGCACUUCCGCGUGCACAGUGGGGAGAGGCCCUUCCAGUGCCUGGAGUGCAGCAGGAGUUUCCGCCUCAAGGGGCAGCUGCUGAGCCACCAGCGCCUGCACACAGGGGAGAGGCCCUUCCAGUGCCCGGAGUGCGGCAAGAGCUACCGCGUGAAGGCCGACAUGAAGGCCCACCAGCUGCUGCACGGCGGGGAGAUGCCAUUCUCUUGCGAGUGUGGCAAGGGCUUUGCCAAACAGUCUAAACUUGUCGAACACAUCAGGACACACACGGGAGAGAAGCCUUUUCAGUGUCUGAAAUGUGACAAGAGUUUCCGCUUGAAGGCACAGCUGCUCAGCCACCAAGGCCUGCACACAGGAGAGAGGCCUUUCCACUGCCCCGAGUGCGAUAAAAACUUCCGCGAAAGGGGACACAUGCUUAGGCACCAGCGCAUACACAGGCCCGAGAGGCCCUUUGCCUGUGGCGACUGUGGGAAAGGCUUCAUUUAUAAGUCUAAACUUGCUGAGCACAUCAGAGUACACACAAAGUCCUGUCGUGCUCCAAAUGAGCCUGACGUUAAGAAAAGGCUUAGCCAACUGUUUGCAAUGAUAGAGGCUGACUGGAGUUGAGGCAGACCGGGAUAGCCAAAGCACUGAGCAGAACUGAUGUUGCCCUGGAAUUCACAGCUGACAGUAGCCAAACCUAAUAAACAGAUUUUAGGAGCAGGGGUCCUUCUUAGAGCAAGAAUGUAAUACAAGUUAGGAAUAUUAAGAAACCACAAAGGAUUUUCUGUGCUGAAAAAUCACCAGUUAUAUUUCUUGUCUAUUGAUACAAAGAGAAAUUUCUACCAUCUUAGGUGAUCGUUUUUGCCCAAAUGUUAAGCCAUCUUUAAAAUCCCAGCUUGAAUUAAGACAGAAGAAAUCCCUCCAGUAUCAUUCUCAAAGCUGAAAGGAUGCGGUUCAAUUCUACUUUUUGUUUUUUUCCAGAGUAUGAUCCUAAACUGUGGAUUAAAUCAAAUAAAUCUUGUUGCAGGCCUGA